CAACCAGUUCCACCACAUCAUAGCCCCCUUCUUCCAUCUCAGAAACAUAACUGAAGACUUUAAUUUUAGAAUGCUCUUCAACACUAUAGCCUGUCUUGCUCUGGCCAGCAUGUCUGCUGCGGCCGCCAUCGCUGAUCCUAUCCCUCCGGCUUCUGCCAAUGAGACAGAGCUCGACCUGGGUUCCGCCGACUCGGACCUCCAGAAACGUAGAUGCGGCGGGUUCUGGAACACCUGCAACAGUGGCGGAGUGGGCAUCCGCCACCUGGGCAACGGCGACGUGAACUUCUUCACCACGCGGUGCGGAGACGGUCACGGGGGAUACAAAGGGUCCGGCAUUGACCUUGGUCGCUGCCUCCAGAACAGGGGCGGCAACCUGGCCCCAGGCAGUCAGUACUUUAGGACGUGCCACGACAUAGACCUCCAGGGGUACAACACGCUUGUCGCUACCUGCGGGGACGGCAAGAAGGACCACCGCACUUCCAUUGAUCUUAACACUGUCAUCUGCAACCAAGGCGGCAACCUUGUGUGUUAGCAAAUCCGGAAAAUCAAGCCUAGUGUACUUCGUACUCAGUUAGUAUAUAGGGGACCUAGGUUUCAUCUUUAUAAAGCUGCAUGAUAUAUGAUUGAUAAUAAAACGAC